UCCGUAUACAGACGAUAUUAAAUAUUGUCCAGUGGAAUAUUGAUUCGGGGAGACAAAUUUGGUCUUCAAAGAAAAUUUAUGGGAGGGUUUUCAUAGAUAACACAAAAUCCAUUUUUUCCUCCUGUUUUUGGUUUAAAAGUUUUUACUUUCAUGUGAAAUAUAUAUAUCCUAGAAAACUCCACAGCAUCUUCCAAUGAGGACAUUCCUGUUGAUUGCCGAGUUGUUACUCUGUCUCAUCAUUUCCAGCACUAACGGGCACCUGAUCGCUGGAACAAUCAGUGGCUAUUUCUAUAACAGGAUUGCCAGGCUGACCUACAGACUGGUCUGGCAGCGGGGGUAUGGGCCCUGUGGACAGUCAUGUUCAGCCCAGGACGUCGGUAAAUACCUCUCCUCCCUACCUCCAGCGCUCUCUUCCCUGAAGUGGCGCUGCGCAACCGGAUGUCAGUCCGCCAACCAAGAUUUACAUGAUGUCAGUUACACGUUAACUGCAGUCAGCGAUGACGUUACGUCAGGAUGGGAACAAGGCGAACAAUAUUUCUUAUACAGCGGCAUGGAAAUUAAUAAUACUUACCAAGUCACAUUAUCGGGAUAUGAAGUGUUAGCCCCGUCGUUAGGGCUGGGAAAGAUGGUAGCUGCUUUUGAUUUUGGAAUACGUAACGAUACAGGGGUGCCGAAUGCCAGUCCCAUAUCUGCUGUACCGGCAACAUUAGGAGUACAAUUUGGCUGUACCACUGUGAUCAACAUCCCCGCCGAGGACCCGGAUGCAGACUCCGUCAGAUGUCGCCUUGCCAAACCUGAAGAGUGCGGGAACGCUUGUACAAACGCCCCUAACAUCACAUUAAACUGGGAGACGUGCUCUGUCUCUAUCCCCGCCACAACUCAGCAUGGGUACGAACCCAACCGGAAGUACUUCAUCACGGUGAUGGUGGAGGAUUACCCGGAUUACACAAUAUCCGUGGGGGACCAGGUCCGGUCCAUCAGAAAACCCAUCAGCAAAAUCCCCAGCCAGUUUACAAUAACGACAAUCGUCAGACAGCAGGCUUGCGGAGACUUAGGACUGAGGGUGGACGGAGUGGUCCCCAACCCCACCAACCUGUUCCGGGUCUCCUAUGCUGGUGGAUCCGUCCAGUUUAACGGUGCGUUCUACAUGCAGUCGCCGGACAUCAAUGACACAACAUUCAUCACCAGUUUCUUUAAGGGUGUCAAUUAUAACGUCCUACCGGAUGACGAGAAUAGAACGAUAGGUAACUUCCGGGAUGACGUCAGACGAGCGCGCUAUGUCUGGGGCUCAUAUGAUGUGCGCCAGUACGCGGACACCCUUCUGUGUGUAUGGGGGCGUAAUUUUGAGGGAGUAACGACGGACCGAUUUUGUUACACUGCAAUAUUGCUAGAUGGGGACGACUGUGGGGGGCACACGUGUCAAAAUGGCGGGAAAUGUGUGGAUCUUUUCAGGAGGUGGACCUGUAAGUGUCCCCAUGGAUUCAAACCCAAGGACUGCUCACACAAAGUGACAUGUGCUGACUUCCCAUGUAAGAAUAACGGAACAUGUGUCGAUACCGGAACCUUAUACAUUUGUGCAUGCGCUUCAGGUUUUACGGGUCUCGACUGUGAAAUGAAGAUACAAACUGUUGGUUCCAAAAAGUCGGACUUUAAGGUACUGCCCGCAGUACUGGGGACGAUAGCUGGGGUCGCCACGGCGCUUGUGGUGACGGGAUGUUGUUGGUGGUUUCUAUUUGCUGCCGCCAAAAGGCCCGACUCCAGAGAGAAGAAAAGAAGGGUGUCUCCUUCAGAUCUCCACAAUGUCACACACAGCAGCCAUCAACGCCACACACAGGGGGACCUCAAUAUAAACCCAACACAGGAGGACCUCAAUAAAAACCACACACCGGACCAGGAUUUACACCUCACUGCCUGAUAUUACAGCCACUGAUGUCACAGACAAAAUAACUGCUACAUUGCCCAAUGUGACAGAAUGAAUAACCGUCAAAUUGCCUACUCUUGCAGAAUGAAUAACCACUAAUACAGUGCCUAUUCUUAUAGAGUGAAAAACCAUUGCAGUGUCUGAUGUUAUAGAAUAAACACCACCACGUUGUCUAAUGUUACAAAAUGAAUUACAUUGCUUUCUGAAUAACCAGAAUGAAUAACCAGUACAAUGCUUUUUGUUAUUAUAAAAUAAAAAACAUUGCCUAGUGUUACCAAAUGAAAACUUGUACAUCAC